GUUUGCCUACCCAAAAUGCUACUUGUUCCUGUAAACAGAGCUUCAGAUUUAGCCUUGGAAUCAAAUCCAUCUGACCAUCCCAGAGCAAGCACAAUUUUCCUGAGCAAAUCCCAAACAGAUGUGCGAGAGAAGAGGAAGAGUAACCACAUCAACCAUGUUUCUCCAGGGCAGCUUACAAAAAAAUAUAGCUCAUGCUCGACCAUAUUUAUAGAUGACAGCACAGUAAGUCAGCCUAAUCUUAGAAGCACAAUAAAAUGUGUGACGCUAGCAAUAUACUACCACAUAAAGAACAGAGAUUCAGAUAGAUCAUUGGAUAUUUUUGAUGAAAAAUCCCAUCCUCUCACGCGGGAAGAAGUUCCAGAUGACUACUACAAGCAUGACCCUGAUCACAAGCACAUUUACCGUUUUGUACGGACGCUUUUUAGUGCAGCGCAGCUGACGGCUGAAUGUGCAAUAGUGACGCUGGUUUACUUGGAAAGACUCUUAACCUAUGCGGAAAUUGACAUCUGUCCUAGUAACUGGAAAAGAAUAGUUCUAGGAGCUAUUCUGCUGGCUUCUAAGGUUUGGGAUGAUCAGGCUGUGUGGAAUGUGGAUUACUGCCAAAUAUUGAAGGACAUUACGGUUGAGGACAUGAAUGAGAUGGAAAGACACUUCUUGGAGCUGCUGCAGUUUAAUAUCAAUGUUCCUGCCAGUGUUUAUGCCAAAUACUACUUUGACCUUCGCUCCUUAGCAGAUGACAACAAUCUGAGUUUUCUGCUGGAGCCUCUUAGUAAAGAGAGAGCACAGAAACUGGAGGCUAUCUCCAGGCUCUGUGAGGACAAAUACAAAGACUUGUCAAAAGCUGCUAUGAGGCGAUCUUUCAGUGCUGAUAAUUUAGUUGGAAUUCGUCGUUCUAAUGCCAUCCUCUCCUGAGGAGAGAGAAGGGUGCAGCACAAUGAAGCCAGCAUACAUAUGAACCAGAGGAAUACCACCACUCCAUGCACAUAAGCCAGCAGUGAUGGUGUCUUCCAGUAAAGGGAGGAAGGAUAAAAAACCAACCAAGGAAUCCCAGGGCCUGAGGAGCAUUUUCUAGUCAAAAGAUGGGACUUUGUCAGAUCAGCACUCCUCCUUUUUAAUGUAUCCAGAGGUGCAAAAAUGAGCUCCUCCCUCCCCUCCCACAGAAGUUUGCUUACUGUGUAGGCCUAUAGUGGUGAACAAUGAGGUUUUUAAUAAUGAGUAGUUUUAAAUUUUAGAAUUUAAACACUAACCACGUGACAAUAGUUACAAAUGUUCUUCCCUCUUCUCCCCAUCAUUCAGAAUCUUGCUGCAUUUGCCUUUCAGAGUGAAUGCAGUGUUAACACAGAGAGAGACUCUAAUGAAGUAUACAGCCACUCUGGAGCUGAAAUGGUAGCUUGAAUAAGUAUUGAAGGUUUUUGCUAUUUAAAAAGCUGCUGUUUAGGGAUGAGUUCAAAACCAGCAAGCUGUUUGAGCAGGAUAUAAUGCUAACAGUGUCAUCCCAGUAGAAACUGUAAAAGGAUUUGAAUAUUUUGGUUGGAAGCAAAGAAAUGGUGUUACAUAUUGAUCAAAUUUGUAGGGGCCAUUCUGCAUUUCUUGUGACCUAUGGUGCUUCUCACUUUCUAAUACUUUUACUACUGCUUUGGAAAAUAUGCAUCCUGUAUAUCUUUCUGAGGCAUUGAAUGAGAGAGCUCUAUUGGAGAAAAUGUGGCAAUCCAGUGAUGAAUAGCCUACAGCAUUGCUUCUCUGAAUUCUUCCUCCUCUUCCACCACAGAUUUGUUGUGCUUUAUGAAGUGAUGUUUUGACAACAUUGAUGCUAAGAUUAUCAUGUCUGUUAUGGUUCCCCCAGGACUUCCUGCUUUCAGAAGGGGGGGGGGGGGGGGGGGGGGGGGUACAUUUGUGGUGGAACAGUAGUAGUUUAAGGAUCUUGGACUCUCUGAUAGAGGUAGACAUGUAUUCCCAAUUAGCACAUAAGAUUUUGUUGAAAUUUUUUCUUAAAAAAACAGAACCCAAAUGUAUAAGUUGUCAGAUUUAUUUUUGGAGAAGUGAAUGUUGCUGUUAGUGUAACUCUGCUCUUCCUGAAGAUAGAGUUUACUCCUCCAGAAUGAGAAUUUGGGAUGGAGUUGCCUUUCAAACUUAAAAAUCCUAAACAGGAUAAGUAUUAAUGACUUUUCCUGUGGCUAGCCCUUGUAUACCUCCUUCUCUGUUCUAGGUAGACUCUAGGCACUUUGACAUUACUAGACAUUACUUCCUAGGACAAUUUUGUUCAACCCUGCUUCCAUCCACGGUUCAGUAAGUUAUCAUGUCUUCAUGUCUUUGAGAUUGGGGACUUCUUUGUGUAACAAUUUGGCAGCAUUCAAAUUAUUUAAAUGACACGCAUAGUAUUUUAAAGUUUGCAAAUCUACCAGCUCCAGGCCCACAAUCCUUGGAACUUGGAAUUUCAGGUAUUGAUCACGAUUCAAUUUUGAAAAUAAUGCUACAUCUUCAGGUGGUUUUUCCUUUCUCAUGUUUGUAUUAAAAGAAAAACUAAUAAUAAACUCUAUUUUAAUUAAA